AUGAAAAAACAACAAAAAAUAAUAAAUAACGCACAACAACCUAAAUAUUAUGCUUACCAACAUAAUCCAGAAAUAUAAGUAAAAUAAAAAGAACGAAGUCUAGCUGCUGCUUUCAAUAAAGACAAUUCUUUAUUAGCAAUAUCUGCAAUGUCUAAAAUCAAAUUAAUACAAUUAAAAAAUGGAUCAAUAAAAUAUAUAUAAAGUUUUUGUGGCAAUUCUUCUUAUAUUUCAACAAUAACAUUUAUGAAGAACAAAACAUUCAUAAUCAGUUCUUAGGAUUGUUCCAUAUUUAUUUGGACAUUAAAUCUUAUGAAUAAUCCAAAAUUCAUUUUUAAAUUAAAAGAUCAUAAGAGUUGGAUAAAUUGUAUCAUAUUACAUCCUCUAUAAGAAGACUUAAUUAUAAGUGGAUCAAAAGAUACAACUUUAAAGUUUUGGUCACUCUCAACUCCAUCAUUACCUUUUAAUUGGUUUUUAAAAUAAACAAUAACAUAGCAUAAAUAUGAAAUUUAUGGAUUAUCAUUAAAUCAGGAAGGAAACAAAUUAAUUUCUUGCUAAGGUCAUGGAUUAAUUUUCAUAAUGUAGGGUUCUAAUAAAUCAUUUUGGAAGGUCAUAUAAACAAUAGGAACUAAUAGUUAUGGAUAUAGAAUAAAUUUCAUUACAAACAACAUUUUUGUUUUUUAACCCUGUAUGUCUAAUAGUCUCCAAAUAUUUAUAAAAAAUGUAAACACAGGAAAUUAUUAGCAUGCUAGAUAUUUAAGAUAUAAGAAAAGCUAAUAUAAUUGUUAAACAUCAUUUCCAGCAAGGUAUCUCCCAGAUAGAUAGUUGUUAUUAAUAAAACAUGGUGACACAUUAAAUUUAAUUAAAUUUAUUUUUUUUGAAUCAUAAUUAUAUUAGCAAGAUUGUAAUUGCAUAUUAGAAUAGUGUUUAGAAUUUAAUUCAAAUGAAUUUAAUGGAGGAUUAUAUGGAGGACUUAGUGAAAAUGGUGAUAUAUUAGUAACUUGGGAUUCUAAAUCAUAAGAAAUUUAAAUAAGAUAAUUCAAAGAGAUGUGA